AUGCACGUGCAAACCUCAGCUUUGAGGCACACAGUCGCAACUCAAGCCGCGACGGCGCUAAGUACCACCAUAUUGUACCCAAUUGAUGUUGUGAAGAUGCGAUUCAUGUCGCAGGACGGCACGGUUCAGCGACAGCACAAUGGACAGACGUAUCACUCCAUCAGAAGGGCGUUGGCCACUAUAUACCGUGAGGAGGGGCCACGUGCUUUAUUCCGUGGUUGCCACGUGGCUGUCUUAGGCUCUGUGACCGCCUGGGGAAUAUACAUGUACACCUACCGCUCGCUCCGCAAUUUCACCAAUGCCGUCAAGACACAAGAUUCACGGGGAAGAGUGGACGACUUCCUCCAUAGUUUACUUUUUUCUGCUCUUGCCAGCACCUGCUCGGCGCUGCUCUGUAAUCCUAUUUGGCUGCUUAAAACCCGUAUGCAACUGGAGGAGGUUUCGGCGUCUCAUCCGAAAAGUGGCACGGGGAAUUAUCUUUCUUUUACGCGUGGGUUGACGUUCACCGUUCGUAGUACUGGCUUCUUUUCACUCUGGCGUGGUUUGUCCGCGCAAAUCCUUCUUGGGCUGCCGAACUCGCUUAACUUUCCCGUAUACGAAGCGCUUAAGUCCUACCGUCUUUGGAGUACGUCGCACACCACUCUCAACACAUUUGAAAUUUGUGUGUGCUCCACCCUUGCGAAGACGUUUGUCACAUUGGCGUCUCAGCCCCUCUAUGUGAUCAAGACACGCUUGCAGGACCACAGAAGCCGGUGUGGGUCCCUGAGGUACGUCUCUUUUCUCCAGUCUCUAUCGCUUAUUUUGCACAACGAUGGCUGGCGAGGUGUGUACCGUGGCAUUGGGCCUUCGCUACUGCAGACGGUGCCACGCUCUGUGUUGACCCUCGUUCUGUAUGAGUAUUUCGUGUAUUUUGCAUAA